GGCUUUCACCGUUACUUUCUACAGUACACAUCAGUUACAUAUUUCGAGAAACUGAAUCCUGCAGCCAUGGUCCUGUCUUGUACCGGGAACCCUUCCAGGAAACGCAAAUCCGACUCUACUGUAAUACAAGUGGGCGAUACCCAGGACUCGCCGCCAACGAGCUCGAGUUCUCUAGCUGGGAAACGGUAUAGAGGACCUCCAUCGCCUAUGAUCACGGACAGAGCGGAGAUGAAACCACAGAAUGGUUCUUCCUUGAGCGGCAUGGAUGACGACAAAUUCGAAAGCCCUGCGGACUUGCAUAAACAUGUUCGCCAUCGGGUUGCUAUUCCAUCGGAUUAUCCCUAUGUGCCUCUUAUCCAACAUGUCCCUCCCGCUACCCCAGCUCGGGAUUAUCCCUUCGCCUUGGAUGAUUUCCAACAAUUGUCCAUCUAUGCCAUCCAACGUAACGAGAGCGUAUUGGUCUCUGCCCAUACCAGUUCGGGCAAGACGGUUGUAGCCGAAUAUGCUGUUGCCCAUUGCUUGCGUAACAGGCAGAGGGUCAUCUACACCAGCCCAAUCAAGGCUUUAAGCAAUCAGAAGUAUCGUGACUUGCUCGCCAUCUUUGGCGAUGUGGGUUUGAUGACUGGUGACAUUACCCUCAAUCCCUCUGCAUCAUGUCUCGUCAUGACCACUGAAAUUCUGCGCUCGAUGCUGUAUAGAGGCUCUGAAGUUAUGCGUGAAGUAGCCUGGGUCAUUUUUGACGAGAUUCACUACAUGCGCGACAAGGAACGAGGCGUAGUCUGGGAAGAGACAAUCAUUUUACUUCCCCACACCGUUCGUUGCGUCUUCCUUUCCGCCACCAUACCCAAUGCCAUGCAAUUCGCCGAAUGGAUCUGCAAAAUCCACCAACAACCUUGUCAUGUUGUUUACACCGAUUUCCGGCCGACGCCUUUAGAGCAUUAUUUGUUCCCUUCUGGAGGGGAUCGCUUGCAUCUUGUGGUGAGCAAGGGGAAAUUUCUUGAGGACAACUUCAAUGCUGCUAUGGGUGUGUUGCAAAAGGUUGAAGACGAGGAUGCAGCAGUCAUAAGUGGGAAAGGAAAGGGAGGGAAGUCUAGAAAAGGUAUGAAGAAAGGAACAACGGACAUAGUGAAGAUUAUCGAGACGAUCAUGAGGAAGAAUUACGCCCCAGUGAUAGCAUUCGCAUUCAGUAAGCGUGAAUGCGAGACAUUGGCACUCAGCAUCAGUGCUUUUGAGUUCAACUCUACUGAUGAGCAAGGCCUGGUAACCAGUGUAUUCAAGAACGCCGUCGACACACUCGCUCCCGAGGAUCGUCAGUUACCUCAAAUCAACAAUCUCCUCCCUUUACUCAGACGCGGCAUCGGCAUCCAUCACGGUGGCCUUCUCCCCAUCUUGAAGGAAGUGACAGAGCUUCUCUUCCAAGAAGGUUUAGUCAAAGUCCUCUUCGCGACCGAGACGUUCUCUAUCGGUCUUAACAUGCCUGCAAAAACUGUCAUCUUCACCUCUCCACGCAAGUUCGACGGACGCGAGUUCAGGACCUUAUCGUCUGGAGAAUACAUACAGAUGUCUGGUCGCGCGGGACGUAGAGGGUUAGAUGAUAAAGGUGUGGUGUUUACAAUGUGCGACGGAAAACUCGAUCCGAUUGUCGUGAAGAAUAUGAUCAGGGGUGAAGCAGAUCGAUUGGACUCCGCUUUCCAUUUGGGAUACAAUAUGGUGCUCAAUUUGAUGAAGGUGGAAGGAGUGAGCCCGGACUAUAUGCUCCAGCACUCAUUCUUCCAGUUUCAAAGUCAGGACGCGAUCCCCGCACUUGAAGAAAACUUGCGGUGUGAAGAAGACAACAUGUCGCGUAUAACGGUGCCAGAUGAACCUCUGGUUGCUGAGUACUACGGAUAUCGUGAACAACUGGAUCAGUUGUCAGCCGAAUUCAAAGCCAUGAUUACCCGACCGGAGUAUUGCCUUCCAUUCCUUCAGCAAGGACGUAUGAUCAAAGUUAAACACGAGAGCUACGACUUCGGUUGGGCGGUGGUCAUUGGGGUGAAGGAGCUGGCUAUUUUCAAUCACAAGGCCUUUCCCCAAUCAAUAACUCCGGGUUUCCAGGGAAAAUACGUGGUGUCUGUACUUUUGAAGUGUUCCUCUGAAUCGUCUCCGCGUCCAGAUUGUGAUCAUGUUUUGGCACUUCCUGCCGGUAUUCGUCCUUGCGAAUCAGGUCACAAUGGCAAACUAUUGGUUGUGACCAUUGGGUUCUCUGCCAUUGACGCUAUUAGCGCGCUUCGGAUCAAAAUGCCCAAGGAUUUGCGUCCGCGACAGGCAAGGGAAACAGUUCAAAAGAGUAUUGUUGAAGUCCAACGACGGCUGCCCGACGGCAUUCCCAUGCUCGAUCCAAUCGUGGACAUGAAGAUCACGGAGGACAGUUUUCGUGUCCUUGUGGAGAAAAUCGAGCUCCUUGAGGGCGUGUUGAUUUCCAGCCCGCUGCACAACGAUCCUCGUCUCCCGGAAUUAUACACGCUCUACGCCAGCAAGAUGGCAUGCCAAACUCGCAUUCGAGAGCUGAAAAACACAAUCCGCACUACGACCGACGCACUCCAAAUGGAAGAGCUAAAGGGUCGCAAGCGUGUUUUACGCCGACUUGGUUUCAUUACUCCAGACGAUGUUGUCGACAUAAAGGGUCGCGUUGCUUGCGAGAUCAGCACCGGAGACGAGCUCCUAUUGACUGAGCUGAUCUUCAAUGGCGUGUUCAACUCCCUCUCACCUGAGCAAUGCGCUGGGUUGCUUAGUUGCUUCAUAUUCCAAGACAAGAGCGAGAAAACAGUCAAGAUUAAGGAAGAAAUGGCAGCACUUUUACAUGUCAUGCAAGAAAUCGCCAUGCGGAUCGCUCGAGUAUCAUCCGAGUCAAAACUGCCUAUGGACGAAAACGAAUAUGUGCAGUCCUUCAAAACCGAAUUCGUCGACGUUGUCAUCCAGUGGUGCCAAGGGCGCUCUUUUUCUGAGAUUUGCAAGCUCACAGAUCAGUUCGAAGGCAAUAUCAUUCGCGCUUUCCGUCGUUUACAAGAGCUCAUACGUCAAAUGAGUCAAGCAGCCAAGGUUAUCGGAAACACCGAACUGCAAGAGAAGUUUGAUCAGGCCUCCGCAAUGCUCGAGCGUCCACGUUCGAUAAUCUUUUCAUCCUCUUUGCAUUUAUGAGUCAUGAACAAGUGCUGACUUCGUCUCUGUUUUCAAAGGUGGUUGUCCACGAUUGGUGUGAUGUGUUGAUGGCAGAUGACGAUGAACCUCAUGUUCCGUCAACACAUCUUACCAAUCGAUGAGUCUUAAAUUCCGGGGCCAAGUGACUGGGUGUGGUGUGAAUACCACGCAUGAUGUGCUUCGUGGCCCCGCAGGUGAGUGGAACAAUAAACUGCAUACGAGUCACAUGGAAAUAUUUAUGAACAGCGUAAUAACAUGAUUGUAGAUGAAUGCGCAAGGACUGCGAGAGUGAUUGAAUAAAGAAAAGACAUGUUAGCGUGCGAUGAAUAGCCUGAGGUAACAAUAUCUUUGAUGUUAAUGCGAAUGUGGCGAUAGCUAUGUGCAUGUAUAGAUGGACCCAUGUGAACGGAAGAAAAGAAGCUUGGAAAGGCGAAUGUGGUAAUGAAGUCAUAUGACAACGACCAUGAACACAGAAAAGUGGAUGCGUGGUGUGGCGUAACAAUAGUGUUGGAAGAUUAGGAAGAAAUUAAACUCGAUAGCAAUACCUCAAUCAAAUCACAACGACGAACAACGGUGAGACAUUCUUUCACUUGCAUUUCCCCCAUUCCGCGAUGCUUCAAAAGACCUUCCGAACAGUACCCCCAGGCAGCUUGCUACUCCCACUCUUCAAGCUGGAUGUAGUGGAACCGGUAGCUGCAGUGGCGAUUCUAGAAGUGGAGGAGAAUCGAGGAGGCUGAGGGAGGUUAGACCGCAUCGUAGAAGGAGCUGCAAUGCGAGUGGGAGGUCGGAUUCCACUAACCGUAGUACCCGAGGAACUCGAGGGCAACCGAGAUGCCAACCCUGUAGUACCACCCGAAGUGCUCCUAGGAACACUCGAACUCGCAGACGGACGUUGGAUCCCGGUAAACCUAGAUAUAGUCGAGUUCGUCGAGGCGGAACGAGUUACGCCCAUUGACUUUGGUU